AUGAGUUCAGGUUUGAUCUUUUUUACCAUGGAAUUCUCAGAUAUUAAGCCAGUGAAACCCAACUCAAAUAAUAUAUCAGAAAUGGUCUGCAAGUUUGCCAAAGUUUGUAGACUGAAGUCUAUUGGGGUGUUUUCCUCUGAAAUCCCCAAUCUCCCUCCCUUGCACAGACCCAUUUGCAAUGAGACUCCUCUGAGUGAAACCAGUAAUGAGGAGAGCAGAUGCUAUCACCAAAAAGUGCAUCCCCACCCCAUUGAAGUGCCAGCCAAAGAGGAUGCUUGUGUUGGUUUGGAGGUCAUGAGAAAGAUAUUUGGUGCUGUUUCAGCACUGAAAUUGGCAUACCUUCAGCUUCAGCAGGCGCAUAUCCCUUAUGACCCUCUGAAGAUAGUUGCUGCUGAUGACCUGGUUGUUGCUGAGCUUGAUAAGAUUUGCAAGUUCAAGCGCGAAUACACACAGAAGCAUUGCAAGAAAGCAAGGUUCAAUGCCGCUCGUUCUGCUCCUUUGAUGGCUGAAAUUGUGGCCAAGGAGGCACUGUUGAGGAAACUUAAGUCUCAGAACAGUGCUAAAGAUUCUGAGAUUGUACGAUUGCGGCGCGACCUGCUCGAUUUGGAGAUUGGGAAUAAAAAUCUCACUGAGAAGAUGAAGCAGAUAAGUUUGGAGAAAAGGAAAGCGGGUGUUUUGAGUGUUACUAAGUUCCAAGAUGUCUUCAUGGCUGCUUCGAAGUCCAUUCAUGAUUUUGCAAGACCGAUGAUUAGCUUGAUGAAAGCUUCAGGUUGGGACCUUGAUAGGGCUGCAAGUUCUAUUGAGAAUGAUGUUGUUUAUUCCAAAAGGUGUGACAAGAAGUAUGCUUUUGAGGCCUACAUUGCGCGCAGAAUGUUUCAUGGGGUUGCGUUAACCUCUUAUGAUGUGACUGAUAUUAUGAAGUUUGGUGACCCUUUUGAAGCACUGCUGGAGAAUCCACAUUCAGAUUUUGCCAAAUUUUGUCAAGCAAAAUACCUUCUUGUUGUGCAUCCCAAAAUGGAAGAGUCAUUCUUUGGCAAUUUGGAUCACCGAAUGUUUAUAAUGAGUGGGAAGCACCCUAGAACUGAGUUCUUUCAAUUGUUUGCUAAGAUGGCAAAAUGGGUUUGGGUUUUACUUGGAUCUGCUCUGUCAAUAGAUUCUGCAGCAACCCUAUUUUCUGUGAACAGGGGAAGUGUGUUCUCCAGCUUUUACAUGGAAUCUGUUGAAGAAGAAAAGGAGAGUGCAAUUCUUUCAGAUGAAGAAGGAACAACCCACAAAGUUCAGUUUAUGAUCAUGCCAGGAUUUAAAAUUGGAAAGAUUGUGGUGAAGUCUCGAGUUUAUAUCUCAAAAUAA